CGUGACUGCUUGAAAUGGUGCACGUUGUCUGUUUGCAAUGUUGCAUCAUAAAUAAAUAUUUAUGAAACUUGUAACCAUCCCUAUAAGUGUCACACUUCGAAAGCAUCGCUUGUUAUUUUAAGUAGCUGAUAAAAAUCUGUAUUUACACAAUAACACGUUCUUGGAACAUGACGGGUGCGUUCGAGGACAUAUACAUCGAGGACAUAUACAAUCCAGUACAAUAAGUGGUAAAUAGAAAUACGUAGAAAUGGAGACAGGACAAUAUUUGAUUCCCACGUUAUCGGACGAUGAAGCCAUUUUCACCAGCAAUGGUCACAGAGCAGGCGGAAGCAAGUCUGGUGUGUCGGUUGAUGUAGAUGACGACGCAGCUGUCAUAAUAUUCAAUUCAGCUGGUGUUGGUCGACAUCCAGUUUCCAGUACAUUUAAUGGGACGAGCGAUCAAGUUGUACAGGGAGGUAUAGACUCUAUUCAGAGUAAUACAGGCGCUGUUGUUCAGGUGUACUCAAAUCAUGCAGGUCUACACGAUGUACGGGUAUACCGCGUUGGGACGAACCUAAGCUACCAUAGCCAUAAAAAGAAUGCCCUGGGCGAACAUCUAACCAGCUGUGGCAAGGGUUGGACCUCCUGUAUGAGUGCGGAUGAAGCUGUGCAAUUAAAGCUUAAACCCUGCCAGCGAUGCUAUCCCACGCUGCCUGGCAACGACGUUAAUCCUGCGAUCACACCCUCGGAUCAGGCCGGAACGGCACUGACGAACACUACACAGAGCACCAGGAAUGCAAUUGACAUAUCAGGUGCACAAGAUUCAACAGAUACAAGCUUAUUUAAAUAUAAGAUAGGAAAAGGGAAAUCAUACCACCGUAAAUUAUCGGUUAACGAUAGUGGAGUUGCAUGCGGUCAGAGAGGCGGUACGGCGGCUGUUCGGUUUUUCGACGCGAUGAAGCCAUGCUCGAAUUGUUAUGAUAUAGCCUCCAUUGAAGAACAAAGCAUAGCAUACCCAGACACUCGAGCACACCGUUCGAGGAAUAAUUUGUCUAUUGCAGUUAAGAACAAAGGUGUACAAGAUAUAGCUUUGGCCAAGUAUAGAAUCGGCAGAGGGAAUACGUAUCACCGCAAACUCACCAUUGACAGUCAAGGAGUGGUGUGUGGUCAGAGAGGCAGCAAAGCGCCUGUUCAGGUGACAUCGAUGGGUGCGAUGAAGCCUUGUUCAAAAUGUUAUUAUGUUAACUUUAUAGAAUCACAAAGCACUUCAAAUCCCAGCACACAAGCACUUAUUGCCAGCAAUGGUACGAUAUCUACUCUCACCAAUACAGAGCUUACGAGCGGUCUCGUUCGCAACACACAGUCGAGCGACCGGAACCCGCUCCAGGUGUCUAAUGCUUACCCUAGCACACGUUCAAGUACGAACAGUAGAGAACCGACGGGUGUUGUAGGGGAUAAUUCCUUUGCAAACGGUGUUAUGGCGGUACAUGAUGUAGCCUCAGUCAUCUAUAGCAUCGGAAAGGGAAAACCGUACCAUCGCAAAGUUUCCAUCAACGAUGACGGAGUGACGUGUGGCUCGACAGGCAGUACAUUGCCUAUCGAGGUGACAUCAACGGGAACGAUGAAACCUUGCUCAGAAUGCUAUCCAUCUUCAGUUUCUACAACAAGCAGCAUUACAUACCCUAACACACGGGCACACAGUGCGAGGGCUGCUGCGAUAUCUGCAUCAACUGUUGAAGGGGCCGAUCAGAGCGUUCAGGUACACGUCCCUGUACUGCCUGAGUGGACCGAUUCGUACCCGAACACUCGCUCGAGGCAGGCCACAAGGGCGACAGUGGUCAACGCGGAGAAUAAUCAGGUAGCGCUGAAUACCUCAGGUCGAGAUGUUGUUGAGCUUAAUAUAGCUGAAGCCCGGUAUAAGAUUGGAAACGGGAAGAAAUAUCACCGCAAAGUGGAUAGUGACGCCAGUGGAGUUGCUUGUGGUCAGAAAGGCACUACGCCGCCCACUCUUGUGAGUUCAGUAGAUGCCAUGACUCCUUGCGCAAAGUGUUAUAAGUAAUUUAUACGAAGCGCACGCUCUAUUGGAUCGCACACGAAUAUGUUACAUCUACUGGUAUGUAACUAUAUCAUGUGAACAGUGAUUGGUCGUGGAAAUCCUAUAGAAAAUACAUAAUUAAAUUUGUCGCUUAUCCAAGAUGCGUCGUUAUUGGAGAUGCUACCUAAAUCCAGUCUAUAGUUAUGAAAAUAAAUCGACCAAACUCAAUCUACGCG